GUCUUUGCUCACUGAUGACGACGUACGCGCCGGCAUGAAUGACGCAUCGGCUAUAAAACAUGUGGAACCGGCCGCGCGCCGGGAAUCCGCCGCCAUGCUCCGACUCGCGUGCCUGCUGGCGCUCGCCGCCGCCGCGCCCGCGCGCGCGCGCCCCGACGCGCAGCCUGCGCUCACCACCUCAGGAGUAGGCAACACAUUAACCAAUGAGGUGCCCCAAGUCCCACAGGCGGAGGCGCCGCUGCACCAGCAGUACCCGCACGCGGUGCUAUUCGGCGGGGCCUGCGGGGGCACCAUCAUCCAUUCCAGCUGGAUCCUUACCGCUGGCCACUGCACGCUGUUCACGCCGGGGCGCAACGUGCUGGCCGGCACGGGCAACACGGGCGACGGCAGCGGCGUGCGCCUUGAGGUGAAGAAGCUGUACCUGCACCCGCUGUUCGCCGUCGGGCCCUACUGGGUCAACACGCGCGAGUUCGGCAUCAAGCAGGUGCACGCUCGCUGGGACUUCAUGCUGGUGGAGCUGGAGUCGCCGCUGGAGCUGGACGGCGUGAACAUCGCGGCCGUGCCGCUGGACGACGGGAAAGAUAUCCCGGAGGCGCUGGCCGUCGACUACGCCGGUUUCGGUGCAACCCAUCACGGGGGCGUGAUGCAGCGGCACAUGCACGGGAUGAAGUUGCGGACGGAGAGCGACGAGCGGUGUGCCACCCUCCCUCAGUACAGCAAAGAAGACAUGCUGUGCGCAGUGGGCCGCACUGAGACGCGCGACUCGGCUUGCAACGGUGACAGCGGCAGUGGCUUGGUCAGCACGAAGAACAAUCGCUUGCUGGGCGUGGCAUCGUGGGUGCAGGACGACGCCAACGAGUGCAGCCCCGGCAAGCUGGUGGUGUUCUCGCGCGUGGCCGCGGCGCGCCCCUGGAUCAAGCAGGUCACCGGCCUCGACUUGUAACCGCCAACAUCGACACCAACCUCAAAGGACUCCGUGACGAACGUUUACGUUUUAGUGAAAAACGCGACUGAGUGUGUAAAGCGUAGUUUUGAAGAAUAAGUAUAGGUACCCCGUUAUUUGACCAACCAACAUUAGUUUUAAGAAUUGCAUUUAAUUUGAACUAAGACGAUUUGUCUCAUCUUGCGUCCGAAGCUAUUGCAUCCGGAGUCCGCUUUUAGACGAAGGAGUUUCAGUUCUAAAAUUUAGAGACAAUUAUAACCCCCCAAUCCGUAAAAAAACAUUGGUCGAUUUUAACUGCGAAAUGUGGCUGUGGUGGAAUAACUAUUUAAGAAUAAAAUUGAGUGUACAAUAAUGUAUUUCAUAGGAUAUCGUAAUAGGUUGUUAACCUAAAUUAGCCAAGAAUUAUAUUGGCCUCGAAGUAGUUAUACCUAGGUAGGUGUAGGUACACCUGAACACCUGUGUGUUGUGUGUAAUGUUUCCCUCCCUGUGGCGUAGCUAGGCGUAGGCAUAGCACCACCCCAUCUCGUCCCGUGGGUGUCGUAUAAGGCGACUAAGGGAAAACUGGCGACAGAUAUGCAUAUGAGCAAGGCUCGUCCGUAUCCUAUGCGGGGUCCUUGCUCACAAGAGCUGUACGCGCGCCACAUCGAAAAAAAAAGCUAGGCGUAGGCGAAGUGGGCCGUCGCCCACGGCCUCGCGGCCGAAGAGGCCUCGCGCGAGGCUCCUUCGGUCAGGCACAUUGAAAAAAAAGAGCCUCGCAGAUGCAACUUCGCCCACGGCUAGAUUAGUUCACGCUACGCCACUGAAGACUACGUAUUUACAAUUAAAGGCUAAAUCUUGUGCCUCAAAGCGAAACCUUAAAAAAAUUGACAUUGGUAGGUAAGGUACCUAUUACCUACUUUCUAAUGCCAAUGGUAUAAAAAGCAGUGUUAUACCAAGCCGCUUGGACUUGCGGAAAAGCAGAUUGUUCCGCUAGAUUAGAAAUUCGCUAUAGACUAAUAUAUGGACAAUAAAUCAGUGAAUAUUACUACAAAAUGACAGAAACUUAUUUGUUUCUUGUUUUAAUCCAUAAAAAAGCCGUAAACCACUGUAAUCUUACUUACGUUAUACAUAGGUAAUAGUUACUAAGUAAAUAGUGUAGUUUUAGUUAGUAUGAACUUCUUGCACAGCAAUAUGUAGUAGGUAGUUGGCACAUACAGUCAGCGGGUAUAAUGGAUUGAGCCAACGGGGAAAUAUAUAAAAACACCUGGUUAUUUUGGACAGCUGGCCAGUUCUGCUGCUGACUGUACCUACGUAAAACAAAUGUGCCAUAAUAACGUACAAUAAUACAUACUUAAUUUAUUUACUUGUCAAGCGGACCCCAGGCUCCCAUGAGCCGAGGCAAAAUGAGGAAGAAGAAUACAUACUUAAUUACUAUAAGAUAAGAUUUUAAUGCUGGACAUGGCGAUGACUAUCCAAUCUAUUAUGAAUAAAUAUUUUUUAUGGAAUAUUAUCUAUUUAUAUUAACUUACAUAAUUAUUUCUAUUAAAAGAACUAACUACAUAUGUACUACUAUUUAUGUACAUUAUGCUUAAUUAUUCUCCGAUGGAAAUCCAAAACAUUGCAAUGUGAAUUGUACAAAAAUAGGUAUUUAAGUAUGUCAAUUAUAUCUGUGAUCUCCGUUAAUAAAUAUCAUUUAUUUGUA